AUGGCUCAAGUCUUUGGUAACGCCCGUUCAGAAACAUUGUUUCUUGGUGGUGAAAAGAUUAGUGGUGAAGAUAUUCGUAAUCAAAAUGUUUUAGCAGCUCAAGCCGUUGCCAAUGUUGUCAAAUCUUCAUUGGGUCCAGUCGGUUUAGAUAAGAUGCUUGUUGAUGACAUUGGUGAUGUUGUUGUUACAAAUGACGGUGCCACCAUUUUAAGUUUAUUAGAUGUUCAGCAUCCAGCUGGUAAAAUUCUUGUUGAAUUGGCUCAACAACAAGAUAGAGAAGUCGGUGAUGGUACCACUUCUGUCGUUAUUAUUGCUUCAGAAUUAUUGAAAAGAGCAAAUGAAUUAGUUAAAAAUAAAAUUCAUCCAACUACAAUUAUUACAGGUUAUAGAGUUGCAUUGAGAGAGGCAACAAGAUAUAUUAAUGAAGUUUUAUCUCAACCUGUUGAUAGUUUAGGUAAAGAAUGUAUUAUAAAUAUUGCUAAAACAUCAAUGUCUUCUAAAAUCAUUGGUGCUGAUUCAACUUUUUUCUCACAAUUAGUUGUUGAUGCUAUGUUGGCUGUUAAGACUACUAAUGGUAAAGGUGAAACAAAAUAUCCAGUUAAAGCUGUCAAUAUACUUAAAGCUCAUGGUAAAUCCUCAACUGAAUCUUUAUUAGUUAAAGGUUAUGCAUUAAAUUGUACUGUUGCCUCACAAGCUAUGACUAAAAAAAUCUCAAAUGCUAAAAUUGCAGUUUUAGAUAUAAAUUUACAAAAAGCAAGAAUGGCAAUGGGUGUUCAAAUAAAUAUAGAUGAUCCAGAUCAAUUGGAAGAGAUCCGUAAAAGAGAAUAUGGUAUUGUUUUAGAAAGAAUCAGAAAGAUAAUAAAUGCAGGUGCUAAUGUUGUUUUGACUACUAAAGGUAUUGAUGAUUUAUGUUUAAAAGAAUUUGUUGAAGCUAAAGUCAUGGCUGUUAGACGUUGUAAAAAAGAAGAUUUAAGAAGAAUUGCAAGAGCUACAGGUGCUACAUUUGUUAGUAGUUUAUCCAAUUUAGAAGGUGAAGAAACUUUUGAAACUAGUUAUUUAGGUUAUGCUGAAGAAGUUGUUCAAGAAAGAAUUUCUGAUGAUGAGUGUAUUUUGGUUAAAGGUACAAAAGCACAUUCAUCUUCAUCCAUUAUAUUGAGAGGUCCAAAUGAUUAUACUUUAGAUGAAAUGGAAAGAUCAUUACAUGAUUCAUUAUCAGUUGUUAAAAGAACUUUAGAAAGUGGGAAUAUUGUUCCAGGUGGUGGUGCAGUGGAAACCGCUUUAAAUAUAUAUUUGGAGAACUUUGCAACAACAGUUGGUUCUCGUGAACAAUUGGCCAUUGCAGAAUUUGCAAAUGCCUUAUUAGUUAUUCCAAAGACCUUAGCUGCUAAUGCCGCAAAAGAUUCAUCAGAAUUGAUUGCCAAAUUAAGAUCAUACCAUAGUGCAAGUCAAUCCGCCUUACCAACAGAUACCAAAAGAAGACACUAUAGAAACUAUGGGUUGGACUUGAUCAAAGGUAAAAUUGUGGAUGAAUCUGUCAAUGGGGUUUUAGAACCAACCAUCAGUAAGAUCAAGUCUUUGAAAUCAGCAUUAGAGGCUUGUAUUGCCAUUUUGAGAAUUGACACCAUGAUCACUGUUGACCCAGAACCUCCUAAAGAGGACCCACACGGCCACGACCACUGA